AUGUUAAAUAAAUUACCAUCAUUUUCUAUAUCUUCCCAACUUGUAAUUUCAUCCAUUAUUUAGAAUAUGGACAGAUUUAGAAUUAAGAAUAAUAAAAAUAGAAAUUGAAAGUGAAAGAUAAUUAAUAACACGUAGGUAGUAAAAUUUUAUAGGUUGUAAUUACUUUAUGUGUUUUAAAUCUUACAUUUAUUUAUUAUUAUAAUUGGUUAUAAUUAGUUAAUUAAUUUUUCUUUUUUAUUAUUUAUAUCAUAUUAUUUACGCUAAAGUUGUACCGAUGGAAAUUUACACUUGCAUACCUUCGUAUAAUUAUAUAUAUGUACAAUAAAUGUAGGUUCGUGGUGAAUGGUGUAUCAGUAUUAGUAUAAUUUGUAAAUACAGACAUAUGUCAAGUGUAUUAAAACAAAAUUGAUAAAUAAUUUAAACAGUGAACUGUAUAGAAUAAUUUCUUAUAAAAAAUGAUACAUAGCCUUUUUAUUAUCAAUUCGUCAGGGUAAGUAUUAAAUCACAGAUAAAGAUACAUAUUUAGUAUUUGACAAGUAUUUGGUUAGAAAUUUGCAUCUGAUACAUAUACAUAUCCAAAUUUAUAUAUAUAGGUUGUAUAUGUGUCAGAAGUUUUUACACGUAAUUAAACAAUUUUUACAAGUGAAUAUUUUCUAAAUUUCAUAAACUUAAAGCAUUAAUUAACCUUAGAGAUGUUUUCAUGGAAAAACAUUGGAAAAGUGCAGUGGCACGGUCAUUGUGUGACUAUUUCUUUGAUCAACAACGAAGAGUUUUAUCUCCUGAAGAUACACCACCUGUAAUAGCUACACCUCAUCAUUAUCUCAUUAUUCCACCAUUGUUCGUUAUAGAAUUUUUACAUAGAGUAGUGGAUACUUUUGAAGACUAUUUUAGUGAAUGUACAGAAACUAUCAUAAAAGAAAACUAUGUAGUUGUUUAUGAACUACUGGAUGAAAUGUUGGAUAAUGGCUUCCCGUUAGCUACAGAAUCUAAUAUUUUGAAGGAACUUAUUAAACCACCAAAUAUAUUAAGAACUAUUGCAAACACUGUAACAGGAAAAUCUAACGUUAGUGCAACAUUGCCAAGUGGACAAUUGUCUAAUGUUCCUUGGAGACGUACUGGUGUGAAAUAUACAAAUAAUGAAGCAUAUUUUGAUGUUGUGGAAGAAGUUGAUGCUAUUAUUGACAGAACUGGUGCAACUGUAUUUGCAGAAAUUCAAGGAUAUAUUGACUGUUGUAUAAAAUUAAGCGGUAUGCCAGAUUUAACACUUUCUUUUAUGAAUCCCAGAUUAUUUGAUGAUGUCAGUUUUCAUCCUUGUGUUAGAUUUAAAAGAUGGGAGUCAGAACGUAUACUUUCCUUUAUUCCACCAGAUGGAAAUUUUCGUCUUCUCUCUUAUCACAUAGGAUCACAAAGUAUCGUGGCAAUUCCAAUAUAUGUAAGACAUAACAUUAGUCUUAAGGAACUAGGUGGUGGCAGAUUAGACAUAACUGUUGGGCCAAAGCAAACCAUUGGUAGAACUGUCGAAAAUGUCACAUUAGAAAUUCCUAUGCCAAAAAUAGUUUUAAAUUGUACAUUAACUCCAAAUCAAGGGAAAUACUCAUUUGAUCCUGUUAGCAAAAUAUUGUUAUGGGAUAUUGGAAGAAUAGAUGUUUCUAAAUUACCAAAUCUAAGAGGAUCGGUUCAUUUUACAAUCAAUCAAUUGGCAGUUUCUGGUUUAAAAGUUAAUCGAUUGGAUAUGUAUGGAGAAAAAUAUAAACCAUUCAAAGGUGUUAAAUAUAUUACCAAAGCUGGAAAAUUUCAAAUUAGGAUGUAAAUAAAAAUGAUGUAAACUGUUUCUCAUAUCAAUCAUAAAAUUAAUUUCAAGAGCAUAUACAUAAUCAGAAAUAAAGAAUAAUCUUAUAAAACGAAUUAAUUUAGUUUUUAUUUAUAUUUGUAUUAUACAUUAAAUUUUUAUUAAAAUCUAUGGUUAAAUAUCAUGCUUUCAUCAUGCUUUCUAAUGUAAAUACUUCUAAGUGUAGUCUACAUUAUUAAUAAUUCAAUAAGAAAAUAUUCAGUGUCAAUGAAAUAAAGAUUAAACAAAAUAUUUGUAAGGAAAGAAAAUAUUAAAAAAAUAUGAUUAGACAUUUCAAAUUAAUUUGAAAUUAAUUUUAUUAGGAAAAUAUAUUUUAUAAAAAAGUGUCAUAGAUCAUAUAUGUAAGUCUAAGUAUUUAUUUCUAACCUAAAUUACUUUAAAAAAUAUUUACAUUAUAGGCUGGUGACAUGAUAAUUUCUUAACUUCAAGAUCUUCCCAUGUUGGAUGUGUUGUAUAUGUAAAUAAUCGUUCCAUAUUAGUUGCAUAAAUAGUAUGAUUACUAACAAGAUUUUUAUACAUCUGUAUAAAAAUAAAAUAAAUAAAGAUAUUAAACCAUAAAAUGCCAAGCAUCAUUUAAAUAGUUUUAAUUUCUUUACCUUUAGUGUAUGCUGUAAAUCAGCUGUAUUAACAGGUUUUAGUGUAGGUGGAAUAGUUUGUGGAGAACAUGCAUAAGCAAAAGCUGUAGCUUGUUCUGCUUCUUCAAUAUUUGGUUUUAUCAUAGGUACUUGACCAUAAGGAUCUAUUAUUUCUGUUGUAGUAUGAUCUGAUGAUUUUAAUAUAUGAGUAGAAUUUCUUUUCCAUGAACUAGGUACUGGUUCUCCAAUAUUAUAAAUAAAUGAACUAUCUCUAACAGCAUAUCCUUUCCUUCUUGUGAAUAUUGCUGUAAGAAUAUUCUUUAAAAAAAUUUGUGUAGCUGCUAUAACUAUAUGUGCAGUAUUUUCUUCUGCUCCAUCCAUAUUAUUUUCCCAUGCUGCAAGCAUUAAUCUUGCUAAAACAAAAGUUCUAUCUGGCAGUACAAGUUCUUGAGCACUAGAACGAUUUGCUCCAAUAGGUUCAUCUCCAACAGGUGAUGAAGUUUGACUUAAUACUUCAACAUACAUAUCUGCAGGCUAAAUAUAAAAUGUAUAAAAACAGGAUUAUAGUUUAUAAAAAAAACAUUAAUGUUUUAAAUAUAAGGAGUAAGAUUCUUAUCGUAUACCUCAAAGUUUGAUUUAUCAGUUUUAUAUUUUCGUUUUAAUCUUAGCCUUUUCUCUUUUAUAGCUUUAUCUCGAUCUAAUUUUCUUGUAGGUGUAGCAGCAGCUAAACCUCUAACUUUAUUAAAUAAACAAAGUAGAAAUUCAUUGUGAAGAUGAACUUGAUCUUCUGUCAUGAUGUUUCUUGCUUCACAAUCAAACUCUUCUUUUGUUGUCUAAAACAAUAAUAUUUUAUAAAUGAUAUUAUUUGUAAUAUUGUACAACUAUUUCGAAUGUUAAAUCCCAUAAUAAUUUAAUAUAUAAUAAUAACAUUAAGUACCUUCAUUUGAAACCAGAGUUUCAUCUUUUCAAAGUACCUGGAAAUAAAAUCUUUUAAAUAAUCAUUCUUGAAAAUUAUAUUUUAAUGUAAGAAAGUUUAAAGUGAAUUUUAUUCAUGAAACAAGGCAAAAAUUAAAAAGAUUAUAAUGAUUUUAAAUAAUUAAAAAUUUUGAAUUACAAUGUUCAUAAUUUAUUACUAUGAACAUUAUGUAUUUUUUCUGGAUAUUUCAAAUUUACAAUGUAAUUUUUACUUUUUCAUCAAACUUAAAAUAUAUCUUACACUUUUGCAUUUUCACCAAGCGAAGCUACAAGACUUUUCCUAGCUAAAUUUAAUUCUUUCGAUGUUGUCAUUUCUGAAGUAUUAGGCCUUACAAAAAAUAACCUAUACAGUUAAUUUCAAUGUGAUUCUUAGAAAUUUUAAUUUAUAUUUAUGCUGCAAUAUAUAUACACUGCAAUAUUUUUAAUUUAAUUGCAUUGACAUUCUUAUAAUAUUUCCGUAAAAUUUUAUAUCGAAUAUAUAAUUAUAUAAUUAUUUUGAAUAAUUUUAUAACAUUGCUCUAAACAAUCAAGUUUCUGAAUUAAAACUUUUAUACUGACUUCUUGUAAAUAUAUACGUAAUAUAUAAUUGUAUUUAAUAUUAAACAUUUUUGAAAUUUUUGAAUGGAAUAUUUAAUGUAAAUUUCAAUAUUAAAAAAUAAUAAAAAUAAAGAAUAAAUAUUACUUAAUUAUAAAUUGUAUUUAUAUAUGGUAGAAUAAAAAGAGAAAACAUGUCAAAAAUUUUAUUUAUUUUGUAAAGAACAAAUACAAAGAGAUUCAUGAUAUGUAUGUAUGUACAAAUAUAUAUGUAUAUGUAUAUAAUACACAUUAUUACUUUCAGGAAAAAAACAUUUCCUGAAUAAAAAAAAUAUUAGCUGCAAUAACUGUUGCACUAUAUCUAAAACUGGCUAAAAAUUAUAUAUAAAAUUCUUUAAAAAAAGUUCUCAUUAUACAUUUUUUAAAUAAUGUAUUAUUCUAUUCUUAUAAUGUAAAAUAAUUUUGUAGAAUAUAAUAUAUAAAACAAUAUAAAAAUUCUGGAACUUUCAUAAUAAUCUACUUCAUAUCACAAAUAUUUGUUAAAAUUUAUGAGUACAUGUAAUUCUUUGUUAUUUCUUUUCUAUCUAAAAAUCUAUUUUUUAUCAUUUGUUUUUGCAACUAUUUAGUGUUUUUAUUUAGUUUGCUUUAUUUAGUGUCACCUAAUUUCUUUUGAAAAAUUUUUAGAGCGUACCAAAUACCAUAAUAUAGAGCUUGUAUCUCUUUUAGUACAUAAAUCCAUUAUAAUUUGCGUACUUUUCACUCCCCGCAUUAUUCCCAAACAUGUACCAGUCGCCAUGUUAUAUAUAGGUGUAUUAUUCUAAACAAAAUAUAAUUAUUUAGUGAAUAUAACUUAAUUUGAUAUCAUAAACAUUAAGAAACUAAUAAGAAAUAAAUAUUUACAGUAUUUUUGUGACGCCAUUCUUGAUUGCCGCCCAUCUCAUGACAUUUUCCAAGUUUUGGAAUUUUCUCAUUUCCUUCCAUGCAAAGCAUUUGACCAAGUACUAAUUCUUUUUUAUCAGUCUCAUACCACAUCUACAAGAAUUAAAAUAAAUUUAAGGAAAUGUAUUAACAAAAUAAAUAUAGCCAAUUAAAUUAGAAGUUAUAAUAUGGUUCGUCACCUGAGAUUUAAUUCUUAAACAUGGCGCUAAAAUAAGUUUAGAACCUUUUGUUUUAAUAUCUUUUUCACUUUGAAUGCAUAAUACUGAAUUAGAAAGUCUAAUUUGGUACUGAUCAGUAUAAUUUCUUUUUCUAGAGUGCCAAGGUUGUAUUGGUUUCUGUUCAAUUUUUGCCCAUUUAUCUUUUAAUUUAUUUUUGUUAUCAUCUGGUAAUGCUAAUUCAGGAUAUACUACAUUUAAGUACCAUGAAAAAUUUUUGCAUUUUAAUCUCUUUCGUAAAUUUAGCCUUUCCGUAAUAUCGCCAUAAUCAAUGUUUUUAACAUUUUUUAAGAAAUAA